AUCAAUACAUCUCAUAUGUGCCAAUCUAUUCUACAAUGUACAGUGAAAGUUUUGGUGAAACAAAAAAUGGGCAAUUUAUGUGGCCAAGAAAGACCUAAUAUCCAGCAGGAGGAGGUGAAUAAUCAAAACCGAAACUUCAUACAGCUUCAACAAAAAAUCUCCCAAAUGCAACGGAAAAUUGAGGAUCAAGAGAGGCAAAUCCUAGAAAUCUUAUUGGACAGGCAAAAACUGGAGGUUUGCCUCAGCAAUUUAGAACUUACUAAUGUCCAAAUAAAUAACCAAGAGGAGCAAGUGAAAAACUUUGAAACGAACUACGAAGAAACCUUAAAGAAAAUCGCUUCAGUAGAGACGUGCAUUAAAAACGUACGCAGUUACAUUAUCGAAUGGGAAAAACGAAUGUUAGCUACCAACCAAAUAAACAAAACCCAAGCGGAAAAGUUGGAUCACAUGCAAGACAAACUGACCUCCCUGGAAGUGCUGUGCAGCAAGCAAGAAUUUAUGGAAAAAUGUCUGGAUUACUAUGGGAGUGUACUGCAAAAAGUGGAAGAACUGGAAAAAAUUAUCCAAGAAACCCCUAAACAAGACAUCCAAGCCAAGUGCGACGUUUUAUACGACAACUACUUGGUUUUAUAUAAAAAAAUACACAAGCUGGAGAAAACGUUCGAGGGCACCUCCAUACAAGAACUCUUUGACAUUUUAAAAGGGAAUUACAUGUUAUUGGAGGAUAGGGUGUGCCAAAUGGAACAAGAAAACUGGAAAGAGAAGUACGAUUCACUUAAUGAAAAAUAUAUCGGGUUACAGAGGAGGGUGCAGUAUUUGGGCCAAUUUAACCGGAAAAUCUUUUCGAACUCUUGGAAGAGGCAGGGCGUGAAUAAGAAAAAAAAAGGGACUGUAAAGCCUGAGAAGGAGGGUGAGGACCAGUGCUGGACUUCUGUCGAGAGUUUGCCUACGUUGGUUAUAGAAUCGAGGAAAUAAUAUUUUACUGGUUUAUAUAAAUUCACAUACUCAUUAAUAUUUUUCAAUUUACUUUUUUUUUUAAUAUAUAAUGUUCAUUUUA